AGGAAAGUGACUGAAAUGUCUGAAGAUGUAGCGAAAACAGUCACCGAAUGUAACACCGAGAAGUUCAACCAGGAGAAAAGGAAACGAAGAAAGAAGAAAUACAGGAGAGCAAAAGAUGAGUUUCUUUUGUCAUCCUACGACUUCCUCCCGAUUCGACUGCUGACUUUGUUUGGAAUGACAGUUUGUUUGGCCUUGUUUAUAUUCCAGAUUACCACCUCCCUCCACUCCUACGAGGUUUUAUACAAUAUGGCUGCUAUAGAGGACCGUUUUCCUGACUACAUGUUCGGCCUUCAUGGUGAACCAAAUCUAUGGUCGUGGGACCCUGAUACAGAACUUUUAAAAGUCAAUACAACAAUCUUCAUACACUGACAAUGCUCUUCAUUUCAAAUAUCGUUGAUCAUAUUGAUCAUAUGGUGAAGAUCCGGGACCUCAACACAUCACUCUUUAAGGUGCAAUGUUGACUCAAACAACAAGGAAGUAUCACAGCAAGCUAUUCGUACACUAUGAGUGAGUUUCAGUUUCAGUAUCUCUACUCCUUAUGUGAACAGAAGUUUUGGAUCCUGAUACUGAACUCUACCUGCAAUCAACACUCGUAUGCUGACAGUAUACCCUGAAGGUACAAUUCAGAUCCAAUGCUGCUGAUAAUUACGCUGAAGCUACAGAUUGAACGCUGCCGAUGAUACACUGAAGGUUCCUUCACUGAAAGUGCUUUCUUCUUUCAAGUUACAGUUUACGUCCGGUAUCACUGAUCCUACACUGAGGACAUCUGGCAUUAAUCUUAGGGAAGUGUUUGGUUCACACCUUUAGAACCAUUGAUCAUUGCUCAUCUUUAUAUGCUGUUCUGGUGCUCAGAAAGUUCACCACUGUCAAUAUGGUGAAGGUCAAUGCUAAACUAUUGUCAAUAUGUUGAAAGGUCAACCCAAAGCUAUUGUCAGAAUGGUGAAGGUCAACCCAAAGCUAUUGUCAGAAUGGUGAAGGUCAACCCAAAGCUAUUGUCAGAAUGGUGAAGGUCAACCCAAAGCUAUUGUCAGAAUGGUGAAGGUCAACCCAAAGCUAUUGUCAGAAUGGUGAAGGUCAACCCAAAGCUAUUGUCAGAAUGGUGAAGGUCAACCCAAAGCUAUUGUCAGAAUGGUGAAGGUCAACCCAAAGCUAUUGUCAAUAUUUGUUGAAGGUUAACCCUACUCCAUUGUUAAAACGGAGAAAGUCAGCCCUAAACAAUUGUCAAUAUGUUCAAGGUCAACCCUAAACUAUUGUUAAUACACUACAUAAACUACAGUAUUUAUUCCAUAUUAAGGGGUCACUGAGGGCCUUAAACCAAUUUUCAUACAUUACAUCAAAUAUGAGGAGAUUUUCAGGUUUUUCUGGAAAUUUAGACAUUAAAAUGAAAUAAGAAUUUCGAAAAUCAGGUAGAUGACACUGAAAAAUCAGAAAACCAAAUAGGCUGUAUUGUUAGCUAUGAGAAUACAGGGGGUAAAAGUUAAGGAUUAAAUGUAUAUUUGGCUGUUUUAGGGCUCGUGCAGGGAAAUGAGUCUCAUGUAAAGUUACUGAAAUACAAAUUCAUUUGUGUAAACUUUGCUUUAGGCUUACUUCCCUUCAUCAGUCCCGUUACCAAGUAAACAUUUUAUCCUGACAUUUUAAUUUUAUAGUUUACGUGUAUAUUUAUUUCACAUUAUACAACAAUGUUUAGAUAUUUUUUUAUGGUGAUUUUCAUUUCAUUAUUCAUUUGUGUGGUCGCAUUGGGAACAGCCGAUUAUUACUUGAGCUGCCACCAAUUGCAAAGAGACUUAUACAUCUCUGCAUAUGAUAAGGGUCCAAAUUUUCUGUAGUGAUUGAAUUAUUUCCUUAUACCUUAUGUUUAAUUCAGUGAUAAUAUUUUAUUUGCAUUUGUGAAGUGAUUAACUUCAAACGAUACUUAUCGAGAAAUAAAACACAUUUGUUUUAUGUGCAGAUUAUAAACUACAGCAAAAGUAUCUUGUAACAUUAUUGUUGUUUAAAUUGUUACUUUAUGUACGUUAAUUCUAAAAGUUCUGAAGAGCAGCCAAAUUCAGAUGUUCAUGUAAGAUGAAAAUUCACUGGCCUGGGACAGACAUCCUCAAUACUCCAGGGCCCGUAUUUAUGAAACCGUUCUCAUACUCAAGCAUAGAUUCUGUGCUCAAACCAUUUUAUUUGCAACUCAGUUAAACCAUAUCAAAUGAUCACAAAGUCAAAUGUUAACAUUGGAACAGUGUUUGGCCUUAAGUCUCUUCAAAACGUUCCCAAAUCAUUGACAAAAUAAGAUGUAUUUAUUAAGUUAUAGCAAGAACAAGAAAUUAGACUGGAGCACAAAAUCUAUGCUUGAGUAUGAGAAGGGUUCCAUGAAUUCGGGCCCAGGGGUUACGCCGGGGUUACGUUUACUUUUGUAUACACACUCUGCACCCCUGGAAUAUGUUAUGACAAAAUCGAAGGCUCGGUGUGCGCCACCUUGUGGAUAAUUAGACUAGAACAUGUUGGUCGCUUAAUGUUAAAUUAUGACUGGCUUGGAAGUCGGGUGUCGCUCCUCUGUAAACUUCAAAGGACAGGUAUCAGUCUAGGUAGCCAUCAGGUUUCUUUACCC